CACUGUCAGUCAUGUCAUGUUCCUCCUUGAUAGAAGGCAAUUAGUUUGUGUACUUAAUUUUAAAUAAUUUAUAGGAGAAAUAUUUGGUGGUGAAAUAAGAUUCUCUCAUCGAGAUGAAAUUGUUUUAUGAGUUAUGAAGAUACGAAGGAAUAUAUUUUUUGUAUAGUCCUGAGGCAAAAUCAGCAAUGGACGACAAUGGCGACCCAGGUCCGUCGUGGCGAGGACGUGGAGGCAAAAGCAACAGACGGCCGUGGCACAGACCGCACCUGGGCAGAAGCCGGGAAGUGGGCCCGCCAGCAAGAGACCGCGACCGCUCCCCCAGUCCCGAACCCUACGGCCAUCAUAAACGGAACCAACAAUAUGAGCAAAGCAGACGACGAAACUUUAGCCACACGUCUCCGCCUCGAAAAAGGUUCAAAGCGGAUCCUCGGUUAAAAGAUGAAAGUCACGAUAUGGACGAACCUUACAAAUACCCUAAUCGACAUCCUAGAAACGGUUCAUUCCGCUACAAGCACAAUCUCCAAAGAAAUGAUCGGCACUAUUAUUAUAGAGAUAGACCAAUGGGCUUUAAAAUGCUUCAGGAAAUAUCUCGAUGCGAGAGCACAACUAUCAUUGAAAAGAUUAACCAACAGAAGAAUUGCUUCAUGCACCUGUUAAACACACCUGUUGACUCAAAGAAAAACGAUGUCUUCGCAUUAGUCCUUGAACUGGUGACAAAUGUAUGGAAGUCUUCAUUUGAGGAAUCAAAGAAACUGCUUCUUUUGGAAGUAUGCAACACUAAAUUUAUCGACCACUUACAACUCUACUUGAUGCAAUUACCGUAUACAAUGAGCCCAGAAGACAAGUUUUUCAACAAAUACUACUGGACUAGGGAAAAGGAAUUUUGGAGUCAUUUCAUCAGUUUUUGCGAGUGUCUUAUAACCGUGUCGCCGGCGACGGCGGGGCAAAAGUGCCGUGCGCUGAUCGAGGCUACGAGCAAGAGCUGUCUGGAGGGCUUGAAGGAGAAGCAAGGGUUCGAGUUGCCGGAAGAAUACACGGCAAGAAUGACCGAGAUACGAGACAGCAUCAAAGUCUGCGAUAAGGGGGAAAAGCAAGCACUAAAGAGACGAAAAACAAAUGAAACGGAUGAGCCACCGGAAAGUUUCCGAGAACUAAGCGUGUUGCCCUCGGGCGCCGAGCUGCUGGAGCGGCGGCCGUUCCUACGGCCCAACGUCGUGGAGGGCGCGUACGCGGACGUGGAGCACUACCUGGACGUGCAGUUCCGGCUGCUGCGGGAGGACUGCUUCGGACCGCUCAGGGAAGGAAUACACCAAUAUAUUGAAGAACCAAAGAAAAGAAAAUACGAUCACAUACGUGUGUACCAAAACGUGAAAUUUUUGGAACCCUACGUUUCCAAUCAAAAAGUUGGUUCCAUCGUUUUACUUGACGAGGGUAUUAUGAAGAUGAUAAAUAAAGUGAACUGGGCGCACAGCAAACGGUUCCUGUUUGGGACCCUCGUGUUGUUUACCAAAGAUCACUGCAAGAGCUUUCUCGUCGGCACCAUCUUGGAACGCGAUGAAAAAUUCCUGCGCAAGAGACAGUUACCUGUCAAUAUUGUGAACUUGACAAUGGAUUCCAACAUGUAUAACGACGAUGCCUAUAUCAUGAUAGAGUGCGAAGUUUACUUCGAGCCUUACUAUCACGUGCUGAAAGCUCUUCAGGAUCCCAGCUUCCCGGAGCACAUGUCGAUGAGCAAAUAUAUUAUUGAUUUACAAAAAGUUCCAGAGAAACCAGCAUAUCUCACUCCGGAAACUGUUUAUAAAGUACAAACAAAACACCAUGAUUUCCGUAAGGCCUUUACAGUUCUUCAAGAUGAUACUUGGCCAUCGGAUAUAGAGCUAGGGUUAAACAGCACCCAAUACGAAGCUUAUAAACUGGCUCUCACCCACGAGUUCGCCGUGAUUCAGGGCCCGCCGGGCACCGGUAAAACCUUCCUCGGGGUCAAAGUCGCGGAAACUUUACUUAGAAAUGCGCCAUUCCCUAAAGACAAAUGUUGUAUGCUUGUUAUAUGCUACACGAAUCAUGCCCUUGAUCAAUUUUUAGAAGCUAUGUUGCCGCUCACUCAUUCUUUAGCCCGGAUCGGGGGCAGAUCACGUAACGAAACGUUACAUCAAUUUAAUAUAAAUAAUUUAAGACGCUCGCAAACUGAUAGUGGUUAUUACCAUGCACGUAGAAUCGACUUAAAAAUGCAAAUAAAUUCACUAGAACACGAAAAAUCCCGAGCUGAUGAGUUGUAUUUGGGAGUGUUGAGUUAUAAGACUGUAGCAGCAUACAACGAAGAGUGUAAAAUCCUUGAGAUAUUUUACAGGGGAAGUGGUAUUAAAGACACUUUGAAACAUUGGCUUUUUGAAGAAGUAGAUGAUAUUGAUUUAGAACAAGCCUUAUUAGAACAACAAAUUGGCAAUGUAGUUCCCGACGAACACUAUGCAAGCGUUGGCGCUGACAUAGAUGCUGAUUAUGACAUAUUUGGCAGAGAUGAACUCUUUUUCGAUGAUUUAGAGGAAGGUGAAAUUAGAAAAGAUUAUGCAAUUGGAAAAGAUAAUGAUGAGAUUCGAAGAGAUGAAAACCGAAAAGAAUUUAUUAACAUUACCACAUCUUUCUCGCUACCUGAUAAAGAAAGAGAAAUAAAAACACUCAUUAGAAAGUAUCAAGAUCUACAAAACCAAGGAUGUCCACGUCAUGUAUUAAGGGAGUUAGACGCAGAAAUAUGUCAUCUGCAUUCGGAAGUAAAACGUUUUAAAGAUAUGCUGGUAUACCGUUCUCGAACUCCAAGAUUUCCUAUCACCGAGGAACAAGAUUUGUCCUCCGUGUCUCUUGUAGAACGCUGGUCCUUAUACUUUAAAUGGGCACACGUAGUUAUGGAUGACGUAAAGAAAAAGAUUAAAACAAAAGAGGUGAAUUUGCAAUCUUCAGCAGUGGCAUACGAAGAGGCUAGGAUGAUGGUUGAUCUGGCAGUAUUGAAGGAAACCAGAGUCGUUGGAAUGACCACUAGCGGGGCAGCGAGACUCCGAAAGUUGUUGGUAGCAAUAGCUCCACCAAUAGUUGUGGUAGAGGAGGCCGCUGAAGUACUGGAAUCGCAUAUAGUGACGUCUCUCACGAAAAGUUGCCAGCACUUGAUUCUCAUAGGAGACCACCAGCAGCUGCGGCCGUCGGCGGCGUACAUGCGGCUGGCGCGGCACUACCAGCUCGAGGUGUCGCUGUUCGAGCGCAUGAUCCGCAACGGCGUGCACAGCCGCCGGCUCGGCGUGCAGCACCGCAUGCGGCCCGAGAUCGCCGCGCUCGUUUCGCCGCACAUCUACCCCGACUUGCAGAACCACCGCUCCGUCGAGGACUUCCCGCCCGUGCGCGGCGUCGCGCACAAUCUCUUCUUCUUUUCACAUGACUAUAGAGAACAGAGCGAAGACGACAGUUCGAGUCGAUCAAACACCCAGGAAGCAGACUUGGUGCUCCGACUGGCAAACUACUUGAUGCAACAAGACUACGCUCCGGAAGAAGUCACCAUUCUCGCCGUCUACUCAGGCCAAAUGUUCUACAUGCGAAAACAACGGCCGUACUACGCAUAUCUCUCAAACGUGAAGAUCACAGUCCUGGACAACUACCAGGGCGAAGAGUCGAAGAUCAUCCUGUUGUCGCUGGUGCGCAACAACGACCACGACAGCAUCGGCUUCCUGGGCACCGAGAACAGGAUCUGCGUCGCCUUGUCCAGGGCAAGGGAAGGUUUAUUCAUAUUUGGAAACAUGGAAUUGCUCAAAGGAAAAUCAGCUCUGUGGAGCAACAUUGCUACAACUUUGGAGAGCAACGGGUCUAUAGGAACAAGUUUGAAACUUAGAUGUGAAAACCACGGUGAAGAAAUAACUAUGAUCACGUCAGUGGAUGACUUCAAUAAAGUUCCCGAAGGCGGCUGUCUACUGAACUGCAAAUACAACCUACCGUGCGGGCAUCCCUGCCCACGCAUCUGUCAUACAUAUGACCUGGUUCAUGGAACUAUACAAUGUACAAAAACAUGUGAAAGAAAAAUCUGCGAAAGAGAAGAUCACAAGUGCCCUUUUAAGUGCGCUAAGGAAUGUCAGCCGUGCCAACGACUGGUCGAUAAAGCGCUUCCAUGUGGCCACAAUAUGACUUUGCGAUGCUCCAUGGAUCCUAGCGAUCCUUCUAUCCAAUGCUUGGAGUCAGUUACUGUCACUUUACCUGACUGUGGUCAUAAGUUUACUGGAGAGUGUUACAUGAAGAUAUCUGACGUGAGGUGCCAAGAGAAGUGCACUAAUAGACUCAAUUGUGGCCACGCUUGCCUCAGAAAAUGUCACGUAAAUAAUGACCCGGACCACGAGCACUACAUAUGCAGGAAGCCGUGUCCAAAAGCGAAGAAGGGCUGUACGGCUAAUUUGGAAGGAGACUUAGGUGAGCAUAAGUGCUCCCGUUUAUGCUGGGAAGAAUGUGUCCAGUGCUACGUCCGGAUUGUUAAAAAAAGGUCCGAUUGUGGCCACUUGAAGAAAGUUGCGUGUUACAAGGACGUGAAUGCAGAUCGUUGCCGCGAGAAGUGCGCGCGCUUGCUGCCUUGCGGCCACCACUGCAAGAAACUGUGCUGCGAGGAAUGUGGAGAUUGCAAGGAAAUUGUGACGAAGACGAUACCUAGUUGUAACCAUGAAAUAGAAAUUGAGUGCGGAAUAGAGGCUACCUCAGAUCACCAGUCAAAAUGUACCGAAAUUACAGACGACAAUCACGACGCACCCUGUGGCCAUAAGGUUCGGCUUCCCUGCAACGUGUAUCAAGCCGUCCAAACUGAGACUGCGUCGGUCGCAGAAAUUCUUUCAUACUGCAAUGCACCGUGCGGCGCCCUGCUCCGCUGCGGGCACGCAUGCGGCGGCUCGUGCUCCGGCUGCCGCCAGGGCCGCCUGCACCGGCCCUGCGCCGCGCGCUGCCACCAGCUCAACAUCUGCGGACACAGGUACGUAUGCGUGCACAGCGCCGUGUGGCGCGCUGCUCCGCUGCGGGCACGCAUGCGGCGGCUCGUGCUCCGGCUGCCGCCAGGGCCGCCUGCACCGGCCCUGCGCCGCGCGCUGCCACCAGCUCAACAUCUGCGGACACAGGUACGUAUGCGUGCACAGCGCCGUGUGGCGCGCUGCUCCGCUGCGGGCACGCAUGCGGCGGCUCGUGCUCCGGCUGCCGCCAGGGCCGCCUGCACCGGCCCUGCGCCGCGCGCUGCCACCAGCUCAACAUCUGCGGACACAGGUACGUAUGCGUGCACAGCGCCGUGUGGCGCGCUGCUCCGCUGCGGGCACGCAUGCGGCGGCUCGUGCUCCGGCUGCCGCCAGGGCCGCCUGCACCGGCCCUGCGCCGCGCGCUGCCACCAGCUCAACAUCUGCGGACACAGAUGCGAGGAGCCGUGCAACCAGGUUUGUCCGCCGUGCCGCCGGAGCUGCUCAGUCAGGUGUCCGCAUUCAGCAUGCGGCAGGCCGUGUGGCGCACCUUGCACGCCUUGCACAGAGACUCCGUGUGGUCGCUCUUGCGAGCAUUCGGCAUGCAAGCGCACAUGCGGCGCGCCGUGCGACCGAGCACCGUGCUCAGAGGCGUGUCCGCUCAUUUUGCCGUGCGGCCACGCGUGCCGCGGGCUCUGCGGCGAGCCCUGCCCGCCGGCCUGCCGCCUCUGCGACCCCGACGGCUUCCCCACCGACCUGCUUGGCGAUCCCUACGAAGAUGAUGCUAAGUUAAUCCAGCUACAGGAUUGUCCCCACAUAUUUGAUGUCGACACCCUGGAUACUUUAAUGAAGUGCGAAAAUGAAACCAUUCGAAUAAAAACAUGUCCAUGGUGCCGUGAACCCAUUAUCAAUACUUAUCGGUACAAAGACAUGGUAAACCAAUUGUUGAAGAAUGACAUCAAUCCAAUAAAAGAAAAAGUUUAUGGGACUGAACGGCAGAGGUCCAAAAUGCUACAGGAACUUCUUGUAAAAGUUAUGCAUGUAGUAAAAAGUCAGAAGCUGGCUAUGGGAAAUUGCCAUUGGGAGUCUGCAUACAAGGCAUUACGAAAUGCGGUCAGAAAAGGAAACAAAAGACUGUCAGUUCUCCACUUGGAUAUGUAUCACAUCUACUUGGAUUUAUUAGACAAUGUAGGACAGUACUACACAAAAUAUGUUGCUGAGAACUUAACAGAACUAAAAACUGAAAUGCAAGGCCAGGUAAAAAUGAUAUGCAGAGUUCUCUUGGCGAGUAAACAGAAGAUAAGCCAACAACAACAAGCCGACAUCGGAAAAGAGUUGAAGCGUAUGAAUUCGAUUGUUCAAUUGGCUAAGAUUCUUGGAUUAAGCAAAAACGCGACGAACCCUGAGGUGCUUGAAAUGGCGAAAACUGCAAAAGAGGCUGUAUUGACCUGGACUGUGUACGACGAAGAAAAAGCUGUGGAAUAUUUGAAGAAACUUGAAAAGGUUGUGGAAUUAUCGGGCAUCGCUAGCAAAGAGGAGCGUGCUAUGGUUGUAAGAGCAAUGGGAAUGAAGGCAGGACACUGGUACAAGUGUCCCAACGGGCACUUCUACUGCAUCGGCGAGUGCGGCGGCGCCAUGCAGCUGUCCAAGUGUCCGGACUGCGGCGCGGCGAUCGGCGGCCAGCGCCACACGCUGACGGCAGGCAAUCAGCACGCCAGGGAGAUGGACGGAUCGCAGUACGCUGCGUGGUCCGAGGAAGCCAACAAUAUGGCGAAUUUCAAUUUUGAUUAGGAUAAGCCCUAACUAUGGCAGGCCAGCUGCAUACGUUGACAGCGGGCAACCAACACGCCAGGGAGAUGGACGGCUCGCGGUUCGCUGCCUGGUCCACGGAAGCCAAUAACAUGGCUAUUUUCCAACUGGAUUAAAUCAUUAAUUGACGUUAAUGGACAGCGAUUUACAGCCGGGUGGAUCUAAGUUACAAGUUUAUACAAUCGCCAUUAAUAAUAUAGCCGGUCCUAUCUUCAUUGACUCCAAAACACAUUAAAAUUAGGCUUGGAAUCGCUAAUAUCGACUGUUAUCUAGUAUUAUUUUCUCUUUGUGUAAACGUAACUUUUUAUCAUUUUUCUUGUCCUUGGUAUCCGGAACUGAGUUAUCCCAGAUAAAGUUCCAAAUUAUUAAUGUCCAAAAGACUGGAACUUAACUUGCUCGUGCAUAUAAAAUAUGCCUUGAGAAACAAAGAAAGUAAUUUUAAAGUUAGGUUAGGGGGCGAGUUAGAGUCUGGCUAGCCAAAUAUUGUUGACAGAUAUCUCCUUGUGGUAUCACCAAUUGUCUAUGAUUAAAAAAAAAGCUAAUAGUCUGUUGUCAAUUUAUGUCAUUCAUUCAAAUUGUUCGCGGUUUUUAAGGGGUUUAUUUUAAAUAACGACUAUACCGAGUGAGGUCCGCAAACUAUUAUUUAAUAAAAUAAAAUAAUCACGACAAUGUGCGAAGUCGACGCGAAGCGUUGUAUAACGAAAAACUGCUAUGUUUACAAGACGUAAACAAUUUAGUAGGUUGGUGCUCUAUUAAUAUUUUGAUACUUUAAGUACUAGUUCUAACAUUUGCUUAUAACUUUGAUUAAGUACGUGAAUUUAUUAAUACCUGAAUCUCAUGAAUAAUCCUAAGUGUGUAAAGAAACGGAUAAACUAGAAGUUCUGGAAAAUAUCAAUAAAAUCAAAACAUUGGAACGUAACGAGUUACUGAAAACCAAUAUUUAGAAGAAAUUUGUGAAGUGACUGGGGAGUAGUUAGGUAUUUGAUACAAAAAUAUCUUGGCGAAACAUGUCUACAUAUGUAUUUGUACUUUACAUAGUGGUAGAAAUUAGGUGAGCUGAGUGCACGUCAACGUAUAUUUAACUUAUUUCCUUAGGCACCAUACGUGUGCACUGAAAAUAGAAAAUAUUUUCUAGUAUCAAAACUAUAAUUCCUACUACAUGAAAUGUGACCAGCCCAAGGUUUUUUGAAUUUCCCGCCAUAAAUUUGUGUAAUAUUUCAGUAGCCAGAAUCUAACAACCGUUAGCAUACGUUAAGUUGGUACACUGUAAUCUUAAGAUAUAGUUUUAAGAAGUCUACUAUUUCAAAAAUGUUAUUAAUAUUGAAUAAAUAUGUUUUCUUUAUA